AAAGGAAAGGAAAGGAAAGGAAGGGAAGGGAAGGGAAGGGAAGGGAAGGAAAGGAAAGGAAAGGAAGAAGGAAAAGAAAAGAAAAAAAGAAAAAAGAAGAAAAGAAAAGAAAAGAAAAGAAGGAAGGAAGGAAGUUUCUUGCAUGGAACGAUGCUGAGCUGGGAUCUGGGUGAUUGAAAAGCUAGAGGAGGGGCUGAUAUACAGGUAGUCCUUCACUUACGACUUUUCACUUAAUGACAGUUCAAAGUUACAAUAGCCCUUGGAAAAAGUGACUUACAGCCCAUCCUUGAAGUUACCGACUCUCACACCCUCCCACGGUCACACGAUCACAAUUCAGGCACUUGGCAAUCGAAGAUGGCGUCCAGAUGCAGAGAGAUAGGUCUAAAUUCAUUUUUGUGGCUGAGGGUGAGGUCGAACCAGGAAUCUCUCGGACCUAAAGCACCUCCCAUCAACCCAAACAGCAAAAUAAAUUGAGCCCCUCCUGUACGUGCAAACCCCACCGAUAAGUUGCUUUAGGAGAGAUCGGGCGAACUUGUUCACCCAACCCUUGAAUCUCCAGCAACAAGAUGCAACUCGUUUACGGAUGGCUGAAGAGCAGGCCUGAGGAGCAUCGGUCAUUCCCGAGCCGCAUCAGCAGAUUGCAAGGACUUCCCAGCUGGUUCUUUUUCAGAGGAGGUGACAAGAGUCCAAAGACUCAGCAAGUCUUGAAACGUUUGGACAGGUGAGACCGUCUCCAACCGUUCCUGAAGCUUCCAAGAUAGGGCAACGGGUACUGUAUGCUCUGCGUGGCUUGCCAGAGGUUGGGAGUGACACAUUUAUUAUGGAAAGUGUAGCAUGGAAUAUGUUAAAGGGCUGUCUUGAAUCACAGAUGUUUGGUAAAUCAUGUGGUUCCUCAGAAAUAAAUCAGCCGGGAUACGACAAAAAUACUUGAACAGAGCCUUUGCUUUUGGUGGUGGCUGCCGAGUGGCUUUUCACACCCACCCGGCUUGAUCCGCGCACAUGACGUAUGUCGAGUGAAUUCAAUUUAAGCCACCACAGGAGCAGCCCUCCCUUAUCAAAAGACACUCCUCUCCAAGACUGCCAUCCGACAACAUUUCUCAACUCUUAGUUCCCCUUCUUCUCGGGGAAUUAUUUUAAGAGCCUUCUUGCCUUCUGCGGAAUUGGGCAGCUUGCGACGAUGCCCGUCGCUUUUCACAGCCUGGCAUAUCGUUCCAGUCAGGAGGCGAAUCUUCAGCAGUGGAGAGAUUCUGCGUGAUCGCAUCUAGCAGGAAGAGAUUUUUCCACAAGUUCCUCUUUUCGGCAGGAGUUAAUCUUGGCCUUGGAUGAGGUCCAAAAUCGCAACCAGGCGGAGAAACUAAGCGGCAGUCAAGAAAUCUGCUUUUUUUUUGUUUUUGUAAAGAAAGCCCAGAGAAAUACAGAAGGCGUAAUUCCUGCAGCCUAAAACAGGUUUUGUUGACCGAAGAAAGACCACCUGGCUUCUUAAUCUUCCCACUCUGUAAGGUCCUGUUGCAUCAUGAACGGUAAUUGCACCGCUCCGUGCAUUUCCAAUGCAUCCUUGCCAUCAUUCUCGGAUACCAAGUUGGACGUGAGCCGGCUAAUGGACAUGCUUCAGAUCUUCUUCUACGCAGUUCUUUUUCUGCUCGGUUCCCUGGGCAAUGGAGCUGUGCUCUGGAUCACAGCCCGUCAGGCUUCACGGACCGUCAGCUGUGUCUGGUUCUUCAAUCUUGCGCUGGCUGACUUUCUCUUCUCGGUCACCCGGAUUGUGCCUCUCUUGAAGAAUGCUUUUGAUAACGGGUGGCCCUUUGGAAGCUUCCUGUGCAAAGGCAACAGCUUCGUCAAGUAUCUCAACAUGUUCGGCAGCGUCUUCCUCUUAGCUGCCAUCAGCAUUGACCGGGCAACUUGUGUAGCCUACCCAAUAUGGACCAAAAGGCACCGGGACAGCCGCUUGGCAUGGGUCGCUGCCAUCGGAGCUUGGUUGUUGGCCAUUGCCACAAGUAGUCCUUUCUACCUCUACCGUGGCAUAAAAAUCGACAAGUCUAACAAGACCAAGUGCUCCUUUGCCCUGGAGGGAAAUGAAACCGCCAAACUGGCCAUCUAUAUGUUGAGACUGAUUUGUGGGUUCUUGGCUCCUUUUGCCGUCAUUGUGGUCUGCUACGGCAUCAUUGUUGUAGUGCUGAGGAGACGACGGGCUUCCCUCCGUUCCAAGAAACCUUUCAAGGUCAUCCUGGUUCUUGUGGUCACAUUCUUCCUCUGUUGGGCACCAUAUCACAUCUUCCUCCUCCUCAAGUUGGCGGACGUGAAAGGCCUAGGACUUUCUAUUGGCCUCCCGCUCUCUUCCUUCCUGGCCUACCUCAACAGCUGUGUCAACCCUAUCCUUUACUUUUUCAUGGGCGUGGACUUCCACCGAAAGCUGACUCUUUACAGCAUAAGGGCUGCUUUCAGGAGAACCUUGUUUGAAGACAGCGGUACCUCAUUUAGGAGCAAAUCUAGGAAGGAGAUGGCUUCUUCCACGGAGGAGCUACCUCAGUCUUCAAUAGUCCCUCAGAUGCAUUGCAGAACCUUAACGCUUCCAAAUUUGGUUUAGGAAACUCAUGUGGAUUAGGAACUCAUAAGCAACAGGUGAGGAGCCAUAGAACAUAGAAUCAUAGGGUUGGAAGGUACCUUGGAAGUCUUUUACUAGUCCAACCUCCAGCUCAAGGCAGGAAACCUUCUCCCAUCCCAGUCUAGACUGGUCCAAUCUAUUUUUGAAAACCUCCAGUGACGGACCACCCACAACUUCUGGUGGCAAAUCGUUCUGUUGGUUAAUUGUUCUCACUAUCAGAAAAAUUUCUCCUUACUUCUAGGUUGGACUUCUCUAACUGUUUUGACCUAGGCUUCCCCAAAGCACAAAGUAGACUCCUUGCCCUGACAAAACCCCUUUUUAUUAAGUCACUAUGAAUUCCCCUCAUUCACAUCCAGCAAAGUCACGGCAAACAAUCUUUCCACGGUGAAUUUACAAACACAGACCUUAUCUGGCUUGGAAACCUGCCAGGCCGAUAUCUUCAAAACGCAACUGCUGUACUUGGCAAGGAGUCUCUGAGAAUCACGAACCAAUUAAGCGAACUAAUUGUCUCCUGAAAACUCCACUCCCUUUUUGCUCCUCUUUAUUCCCUGGGAGAAUAAUGGCCUCUCCCUUCCUAUGGGAGGGGCCAUUUACCGGCCACCUGUGCCUUUACUCCCAAGUCGGCCCUUAACUGUUUCCUUCUCCUGGCAGCUCUGCGCAUGCACACAUCGGGAACAGGCUCCAGCUGUUCUUUUGCUCCACUGAUCUCCGACUCCGAAGGCAGCUGAUAACUGUCAGACGGCCCUGGCCUCCUCUCUGCCUCCAACACAGAACCCUCAUCAGAGCCUUCUCCAGACUCCAUGUUCCUCCCCAAUCUCCUCACUGUCUGAGUCUGCCACCAGUUCCACUGGCCACUGGUGGGGCACAACAUUAAUAAGCUCCCCUACCCCCAUUUUUUCUUGUCCUGCCCCGUGGUGCUUUGGAGGAUAAGAGGCUUUGUAGUCCAAAACAUGAGGAAGACAGCAGUCUGAUGGAAGAUGAUCCAUCAUAGCCAUCAACUAGAGAAAUACGAGAUUUCUUUUUCUGUUUUUAUUCCAUCCACCCGUCUUCACUGUUGAUAUUUUCUGGACGUUAUAAAACUACAAAUACCUAUCUGUGAAAAGGGGACUUUGACUUCCGUCAUGAAUUGCGGACGAUGGGUUGUUUUGCUUUAUAUUCCUCAUGUAUGUUAUUUUUCUUUGACGUUGAUGUAUACAGUAUGUAUAAAC